GAUAACAAGACGAUAAUAUGUGCAAUAGUGUAUUGAUAUGGUGUGCUUAAGAUAUGUGAUACGCGGUAUGUUAUGUACAUGAAUUACCGGCAGUGUUUGUUCUUUAGUGAUUAUUAUGACAUUAUUUUAGCUUCGUACAUUGCGCAAUGUUACGUUUAUAUACAUAAAGAGAAAAUCGACGUAUUCGCACAGUAUUUUGUCUGUAAUGUAUAUUAUAGUGUGUUAUAUGCAAUAAAUUGGACAUUUUAUACAAGGUGAUUUUUACCAAAUAACACACAACAAUUCGAAAUAAAUUAUACGCUAAUGAAUUACUUAUUCGCUUUUGUAGUAUAUAAACGCACUGAGAAACAGGAAAGCUACCGUACACCAAAUAUCUGAAAUAACGAGAAAAACGUUUACACGGUAAUGUGUCUUUAUAAAGACGUGUAUGCAAUCAACGAAAGAGAAGGAUGGGAGAGUCCACUGGGCAUAAAUGGGUUAAUUUUCGAAACAAAACUUUAGUGAAAUCAUGAGAACUGCCUCAAGCUUUGCUCAUUAGAACUAUACAAGUAUCCUCAGAAGAAAGAGACGGUGUCAUUAAAGGGGCCUCCCCAUGGAGACGUGUAUCAAGUGUUUGAGGCGCGUGACCAGGGUGUUCCCACGUGUCCUGACGUCACAGAGGUUACGUUAUGGAGAUGACCAGACAGAAAUUGUAGAAAGCAAUAGCAUUGAUAGCAGCAACACUCAAAGCAAAAGCCGACAUAGUACCAACAACGGUCAUAACGACUCAGAUUUACCACGCAAGGACUUUGAGAGUUUGGAUUAUGACGUCUGCUACAACAAACCAUACGAACAUUACGUUGAAAACCAGCGAAAAGACUUCUCUUUCAGUAAGAUUGAAGUCAUCAAAUGGAUGAUCACCUUCCUCAUCGGAUUCUCCACAGGUCUGGUUGCAUUUUUUAUCGACACUAUCGUGAAGUUGUUGAGUAAACUGAAAUUCAAUACAGUAACACAAUCCAUCAAUUCUACCACUCCGGACGGCAGCCUCGUGGUGUCCCUGAUUAUCAUGGUGAUGUUUAACGCCGCUCUCGUGCUCGUCGCCACGUGCCUUACCGUCCUAGAACCGGUGGCAGCGGGUUCCGGUAUCCCGGAGAUCAAGUGCUAUCUGAACGGCAUCAAGAUCCCCAGGGUGGCGCGGCUCAAGUCCCUCGUAUCCAAGGCUGUGGGGGUGUUGUUCAGUGUUGCAGGAGGCUUGUUUGUCGGCAAGGAGGGUCCGAUGAUUCACAGUGGGGCCAUCAUAGGCGCAGGGAUUCCUCAGCUUCAGAGUAUUACGUUAAGGAAAUUGAGCUCCAAAUUCGCUUUCUUCCGUACGGACAGAGAAAAACGAGACUUUGUCGCAGGAGGAGCAGCAGCCGGCGUUGCAGCCGCGUUCGGAGCCCCUAUAGGUGGCGUGUUAUUUAGUCUCGAGGAGGGCUGUUCAUUCUGGAACCAGAAACUCACGUGGAGAACGUUUUUCUGCUCGAUGUCGGCAACAUUCACCGUGCACUUCUUCUUGAGCGGUCUGGAGUUCAGCUGGGGCUCUUUCUACUCGCCGGGACUCAUUAAUUUCGGCGUUUUUAAGUGUACGGACGAGGAAACAGUUAACGGCACGUGCCGCCUCUGGACCGCCAUGGACCUGUUCAUCUUCGUACUCAUGGGGCUGAUAGGGGGCCUGCUAGGGGCCGCGUUCAACAAGCUGAACAAGUGCCUUACCAUCUACAGGAUGAGGCACGUGUUUCCCAAACACAAGGCGGUCAGGUAGGGAUG